AUGCUCAACAGCGAGGAUGAUCGUAUAUUUAGUUUCAUCAAUCCACGUCAUCGUGCACGAUCAGCUGCACAUUUGCUUACACCUGACAUGGCUAGUGCAAGAUCUGCGCCUUCGAAUCAAGAUCGAUCUUUAACGCCUUCAUCUACAUCGUCUUCAUCGUCUUUGGUCGUGUCGAGCAGUCCAAAGCCGACUUCCUCUUCGUUUCUGAAAGUUUCAAUACCGAAUGGAUCCUCAAACAGUUCGCCAUCUUCGUCCGAUGAUCUUUUUGUGAUGACAAUAAUCAAAAGUCCAUCGAUCAGUAGUCAACGCACUCAAACCAAUGAACCUGUGGGAACUACAGUUGUGAAUGAAGACUUAUCCAGCAAUAACAAAUUUCUCAAAAGUAAAGUAACAGCAGCAUUGAAUCAUAUGAAAUAUCGUUGGGUCGUGAAAAUGCGACCAAAUUUUCGUACCAGUGAAACACCGAUCUACUUUCUUGGUGCGAAGUAUGAUGGCAGAGAAGUCACAACUCAUGAUGAUAAUCCUCGUCCACAAUCUGACCAUUCAUAUGCAAAUUUUUUGAAAUCAUUUUCUCAACGAAUUUAUUUUUCAUAUCGAAAACAAUUUGAACCAUUGAUAAGUUCUCGAAAUGGAGAUAUCAUUACUUCGGAUGGUGGAUGGGGUUGUAUGAUACGUUGCGCUCAAAUGUUACUUGCUCAAACAUUACUCGUGCAUAUGACGAAUACAUUUAAUACGACAUAUUCAAACAUUCAAAUAUCAGAGAAAUGUCCAAAACGAAAUUCCAUCGAUUACACACGACACGUAAAUCGAAUCAAUCAAUACAAACAAAUCUAUACAGAUAUCAUUCGAUUAUUCGGGGAUCUUCCAAAUUUGAGGUGUCCAUUUGGCAUUCAUAGAAUUGUUGAACUUGGCACGUCACAUGGCAUUCGACCGGGUGAUUUUUUCGGACCUGUGAGUGCCGCUCACUGUCUGAAAGAAGCAGUUCAAGCUGCCAUUGAAAGCAAACAAAUUCCAGAAAUGCUCCGUGUUUACAUCAGCCAAGAUGCAAUUAUCUAUCGUCAAGAUGUCAAUGAUUUAUGUAGUAAUCCUUUAUCAAAUCCUAAUACUACUAAGAGAACAUCGCUUGAUCCAUCAAGAACAGCAGAUCCAUCGAUACGUUGGUUAACAUCCGUGCUAAUCCUUGUUCCAUUGAGAUUAGGUUUAAAUGAACUUGAUCUGAUCUACGAGAAUUACUUAAAAGAUGCCCUGAAACUACCGCAAACUGUUGGGAUUAUUGGCGGAAGUCCUCGUCAUGCGGUUUAUAUCGUUGGAUUCCAAGAUGACAGUUUCAUUAAUUUCGAUCCACAUUUCAUUCAAACAACAGUGAACGUUUUAGAUAACACAUUUGAUACAUCGAGUUAUUCGUGUACGGCACCAAAAAAGUUAACUGCAAAAAAGAUGGAUCCAAGUUGUACGCUAGGAUUCUAUUGUCGUGAUAAAGCUGACUUUGAAAUGUUUUGCGCACAGUGGAGUCACAUCUGUCAUGUGGCAUCCGGUGAUCGUCGUACGUGUCCCAUAUUUCGAAUCGAACGUGGAACAUUUCAAGAAAGUCACUCACGUACGAUCAAUUCUGAUUAUCCAUUGUUGAAUGAUGACGAAGAUGUUUUUCUUCGCGUCACCAAAUUACCAUCAUGUAAUACAUCUCCACUAUCAACAGCUAAAAAGCAUUUUCUUGUGAAUACUUCAACAAAUAACAGCACAUUUCGUGACUCAUGGGAUGAUGCCGGUCGAUCAUUAAAUGAUAAUACUGAUGAUCGUGUACAUUCUCUUUCCGAUGAUUACGUUUUUCUAUAA